AAUGAUACCAUUAAUAGGUCAACGCAGCAGGCCUGGGCUUCGCAAGAGGCGCCAACGGGGCGACAUCGCGCUAGUUUAUUUUGGUUUUUCGCGAACACCCUCACGCCACUUGCCAGUGGAGGCGAACUCCUCCAACCCACCAGAGGUGGUGGUGGUGGGGGAGGAGGAGGAGGGGGGGGAUAGCUUCGGGGCAGAAAUAGUAAGAACCCCGCAAACAUCGCAAACAACUUGGACCCAACCGCGCCUCGACUCGCCCGACCGAGCCGGGGACCGAUCGAGUUUGUGGACCAAGUCAGUCAGUACGUCGGCCAGCAGAAGUCAGCUUGAGGGCCAGCGGCACCAAUGGAUGUCUCGGCGCUGAGCAACCAGGAGCUGAGGGAGAAGCUCCUGGAUUUGGGAGAGCACCCAGGACCCAUCACAUGUGGCACGACGCGCACCGUGUACGAGCGGAAGCUGCUGCGUCUACUCGGGCAGGAGAAUGAGGAGCAGCAGCAGGAUCAGCGCUACCCCAAGACCCACGACACCGACGACUCCGACCCCGAGGAGGAGGAAUCGGCAGUGCCAUGGCACCAGGAGCCGCUACGAUCGCGAGCCCGGCCCCAGAGCGCCGUGCAGCGGAAGGCAGCGCCGGUGCACGCCGUGGAGGAGAGAGGCCGUGGCGGCAGUGCAGUGCUGUCCUGCCUGGCAGUGAUACUGGCGCUCGUGCUGGUGACCGGAGUGGCAGUCUUGGCGCUGAUGUUCCUGGGCGGGGAGGAGGUUGAACCUCACCUGCUGGAGGAGCACGGCGCUCACGCCGAUCGCGGCGCGCACGGCGAGGCCGUGUGAUCAGCGGUUUGCAAGUUUGCCGAAGAUAAAAAAAUAUUCCCGCAGCCAAGAUGCUCGCAGCGAUGGAUAAAUAUCGCUUGUGGGCCAUUUCUAAAUGACGAGCGGUUUGGUUAUUUUCUGACUGUUAGAAAUAUUAUCCAGUCCCUGAUUAGUUGAUUAGCAGUAGUUGUAAUCGUUAAGAUAAGCUACACUUGGUACGUUUCUCCCAAAUGACUUUAUUUGCUCAUUACUGGCAGACUAAAGCUCGCUUGGAGGCCAAUGCUUUGCACGCCUUGCGUCGCAUAGGGACAGCUGGCACUAGGGGUCCCCCUGGUUAAGACACUAGUAGGACGUUGGAACGGUUGAUA